AUAACACCUUUCUUAUUCUCCCCCUUCAAAUUAAUAAACAAAAAAACACCCUGUAAUCUUGCUUUCGCCACCAUUAUAUCAUCGUACAUCCAUUCAAUUUCCAGUUUUCAUCAACACCAUGACUUCUAUGUUACAGAGGGAGAGAUCUCUCCCUGUUUCUCAAUCUUACAACACCUCUUCAAACGAUCCAUCUUCGGUGGUUGCCGGCAUCCGCCGGAGACUCUCCUCCAUGUCCUUACGGAUCCAGCCCUCUUCCAUCUCCGGCACCACCUCAGCUGCAACCGCAUGGGCGAUGCGCCGCUCCAAAUCCGUUUCAUCAAUGGGGGAAUCCACGUCUACCUCAGUCAGAAACUGGUGGGAUCGGGGAUGGGGAUGGAUCCUCUCGAGGAAACCCAUAUUCGCACAGGAUCUGGAGUUUAAUCAAGAGGAAACCUCCGUUCUCAGAUCCCAUGAUAAAGGAAGCUGGAGACACGUCUUCUUCAAGGUUAAAUCCGAGAUCCGGAGACUCGUCAGAUCUGAUAAUGUCGGCCUCCCUCAGACAGUUCGCUACAACUCCCAUAGUUACGCUCACAAUUUCGACGAUGGCAGCAGUAAAUUCCGAAGCUGAUCAAGUUGGUCUCUGAUCUGAGCUAUACCCAAAUUCAAAGAUCAUACAGUUACUCCGAUUAUGUUGUAUCAUAUUAAUAUUUUUUUUUGUUUAGAUCAUUUACAAGGUAAGAUAAGUAAAUGAAUGAUGAUGUCGGCGAUGGUGGAUCCAACUCCGGUGGAAGGGAAUGAAAUAUGAAUGAUUAUGUCAGUUCCGGUGGUGUACUGUUUUCCGAUAUGGCUGGAUGUCGUUGGAAUAGAAGACGCAAAGUAAAGUGGGCAAGGUCGUAAUUUAAUUUUGUAAAAUUUGUUCAUUGUAAUUUUCAAUUAUUCUUAAUUUGUUAUAUAUCAAACUAUUUAUUGUGUUGUUUCC